CUCGCCUCUCCUCUCCCCGUCUGGGGCAGCAGCAAAAAAAAAAAAAGUUAUAUUUAUAUAUAUAUAAUAUUUUAUUUUUUUUUCCCCGUGGAGCUAGUCCCGUAUCCGCCGUUUCACGCAUACUGAGGGAGGUCUGUGGGGCUGACGGCAGGGCCCUGCCCGCAGCCUAGCCUGGCCCCGUCGGGGUUGCAGCCCCGGUGAGGAGAGGCGCCGCCAAGGCCUGGCCUUUACCAGCUGCCUGCCUGGUUCCUCGAUUUCGCUUAGAGCUGCCCCGCCAGCAGCCCUGCCUAAGGGAAGGAAAUGCUGUGAGGUGGUGUAGCUGCGUUGACUUUGCAUACUGAAACCGCGGCACCUGAGGCGCUGUCCAGGAAAGUGCCGAUUCCCCUUUCUUUCGCCGGGUGACGUUUGUUUUCUUCCUGACGGGUUUUGCGGUUGAGGGGCCUUAAUUUUCCAAGCCUGGAGAAGAGGAGACUGAGGGGAGACCUCAUGGCUCUCUACAACUACCUGAGAGGAGGUUGUGGUGAGGAAAUGCUGCUGCCACUGUUGCUGCUGCCACCCAUGAUGCUGGCAACAUCACUGCUGCUGAGACCACCUGCAAAAUCAGCUGCCUCUACAAGUGCUGCUAGAAAAACAACUGCUUCUACAAAGAUAAAGUCCACUCCCUUUUGAAUCAAACUAGCUUAUCCUGUGACCAGGAGCAAAGCAAAGGCAAAAUGCGCCUCCCUUUUUAUGCGCUCCUGUCUGAGAUAUCCAGAGUUUCUUCAAGCAACAAUAGACACUGAAACUGAGAAAGCAGAUGAUUCUAAAUCAGUUGAUGGAGCAGGUACCUCUCAAACAGAUAAAAAAUCAGGCCAAUCUCAAGCAGCUAAAACAGCAGGCCCUCCUCAAUCAGCUGACAAUGAUUACCUUGUCCAGCCUUUCUCUAUGAAAGAACUGUGCCUCAUGAGAAAGGACUUUACCGACAUUGACGAUGAGGGAAUUCUUCCUUGGUUGCUCUGAUGCUUUGAUAGUGGAGCUGAAACCUAUAAUGUAGAUGAGAGGGAAGCCAAGCAAUUGGGAUCCCUGGCCGGAGAUGCUGGUAUUGAUAGAGCACUUAGUAGUAAGAUGGGAACUACCACCCUGUGCAUCCGACUUCUUUCAGCUGUGAGGGAGAGAUACCCCCACAAGAGUGACGUCGAAUGGCACUGAAGCAGAACACCCACUCUUGAGAAAGAGUAUUUGAGAGACAUAGCUGUGCAAGAGGUGAUCUAGGAUAAAGAUGGACUUACAAAUGACGUUCUGUGUGACACACAAGUGUUCCGGAGGUUUGCACAGGCUGUACCAACAGAACAUGCCCAUAUAUUCUCCUUCAUGGGAUGCUUUGAUGACAACUCCAGACCAACAUUGCGUGAGGUGGCUUUCAAAGCAGAACAGUAUGGAGACAAUCUCUGAUUCCCAUCAGUUCCACACCUCAGCUAUUGAACAAAUGACUGACAGAAUAAGAUGCCAAAAAGAUGGGGAGGUAAACCCCAGAAUAUCCCUAGAGACAACUGGUCAUGUGUUGCAGCCAUUAAGACAAGACGUCCUGCUAUGAGACAUCAGUGAAAGAGACAGGACCCACUUCGAUGCCACGUGUGGUCGCUCUUGCGUAAUUAUUUUAAGAGGACAUGAGAAUCUGGGACAAGAAACCCACUGAUAUUAUCCAGAUAUGCAUGCAAGAGUUACUAAACAGAACAAAGGCAGGAGAUGGUUCUUCCAAGAAGAAGGCUGCAUCUGUCUCCACCCAGGAUGGUGCAUCAACUCUAAUGCUCAACCUUAGAGGUGCCCUGCUUCCAGCUAGGGUGAGAAGAGGGACAACCGAGUUUACUGGACUGUGUGGAUUCAGUGGCCUGGCACAUUAGAACCACAAAGAUAUAAAGCCCUGGUGGACGCUGGUGCACAGUGCACACUAAUGCCAUUGAAUCAUAAAGGGACAGACUCGUCGCUAUUUCUGGAGUGACAGGAGGAUCUCUAGAACUGACUGUUGUGGAGGCUGAUGUGAGCCUCACUGGUAAGGAGUGGCAAAUGCACCCUGUAGUGACUGGCCUAGAUGCUCUGUGCAUCCUUGGCAUAGACUACCUCAAAAAAGGAUAUGUCCAUGACCUGAAAGGGCACCAGUGGACCUUUGGUAUAGCAGCUGUAGAGACUGAGGACACUGAACAGCUGCGUACUUUGCCUGGCCUUUCAGAUGACCCUUCUCUAGUGAGGUUGCUGAAGGUGGAAGACCAACAGGUGCCAAGUGACUCUUCAGCGGUUCAUAGAUGACAAUAUCGCACCAAGAGACUGUGUGAUUCCCAUUCAUAUGCUGAUCCAGCAACUGGAAUGUCAAGGAGUGAUCAGCAGGACUCAUUUAUCCUGUAACAGUCUUAAUUGACCAGUGUGAAAGCCUGAUGGCGAGUGCAGGCUUACAGUGGACUAUUGUGGCCUGAAUGAGGUUACACCACCACUCUGUUCUGCUGCGUCUGACAUGCUAGAACUGCAAUACAAGCUGGAGUCAAAAGCAGCUAGGUGGUGUGCCAGUAUUGACAUUGCUCAUGCAUUCUUCUCUAUUCCUCUAGCACCACAGUGCAGGCCACAGUUUGCUCUCACCUGAAGGGGAGUCCAGUACACCUGGAAUCAACUGCCCCAGGGGUGGAAACACAGCUCAACCAUUUGCCAUGGACUGAUCCAUGCUGCACUGGACAAGGGUGGAGCUCCAGAACACCUGCAGUACAUUGAUGACAUCAUUGUGUGGAGUGACACACCAGAAGAAGUUUUCGAGAAAGGUAAAAAGAACAUCCAAAUUCUUCCGGAUGCUGGUUUAGCUCUAAGAAGAAGCAAGGUCAAGGGACCUUCACGAGAGAUCCAGUUCCUGGGAAUCAGGUGGCAAGAUGGACAUCGCCAGAUCCCAAUGGAUGUGAUUAACAAAAUACCAUCUAUGUCCCCACCAUCAACUAAAAAGGACACUCAAACCUUUUUAGGGACUGUUGGCUUCUGGAGAAUGCACAUUCCAUGUUACAGUGAAAUUGUGAAACCUCUCUAUGAGGUGACCUGGAAGAGUGACUUUAAAUGGGGUCCUGACCAACAGAAAGCUUUUGAGCAGAUUAAAAAGGAGAUUGUGCAGGCAAUGGCCCUUGGACCAGUUCGAACAGGGCCAGACAUCAAAAAUGUGUAUGUGGAGGGUUAUACAGCAGCUGAGUGUCAAUUUCAGUUAACCCAUUUGCCACAAGUGCAGGUCAAGUGGAAGUAUCCCUUAACAGGACAAUGGAAGGGCCCUGACCCAUCAAUGACAUGGGGUUGAGGUUUUGCUUGUGUCUUUCCAGAAAUGGCAUGCAAUGGAGAUGGUGAUAAUCAAGGCCAUCCAAUGAAACCUGAUCUGGUGUUUUUGGCAAUGGUCACUCUGCUUUCAAUACAGGUGGGGGUAGGAGAAGCCAAAAUAUAUUGGACAUACCUUCCCUUUCCUCCAUGGCUCACACGGCUAACCUGCGGCAAUAAAAAUAUCCUUGUGUAUACAAAUAGUACCAGAGUGGUGGGUGGCCUGGGAAACACCCUAGUAAAUAAAUCAUACAGCAAGUCUGAGAAUAUCAAUCUGCAUGGACUGGCAACAAAAGUACCUAUUUGUUUCUCUGCACAGUUAUGUGUACAGAUACUGAAACAAAAAUUCGGAGCUUCCAAACCCCCUUGCUUUCUAACACUCCUCACCUAAGUGGGAGGCUAGGUGCGGCUGGGUAAGGAUUCCGAGAUCAAGACCCAAUAACAGCAAAAAAGCUGUCAUUGAGCAGGCAUUCUUUAUUGCAGCACUGGGCAGCACUGGGGAUUUUCCACCAUGAAUGCUCUGAAUCAACAUGAGUGUUGUCUGUGUAGCCACAGGUCUUAGAAGACUUGAUGUUAUCACGACCUGCAGGAUGCUUAGCAUAAUUGACUGACAGUUUCACAAAGCACAUUGUUUUAAAAGUAACCCGUUCAGCUAACUUAGUAGAGCAAAUUAAUUAUUUUAGUAAAUUUUUAUUAGGCUGUAUUUCUAUUGGAUUUACUAGCGAAUAUCCUAGGACUAUCAGUAGACCAUAAUUAUACAAAAGCAUUUUAAAUUAUGAUUAUCACUUAUUUUUACCAACCACAAAUAUUAUUUACAAGAUUUACUACUCUCCUAAAUGUACGUUAAUACAUUACACCAGUAUCCUGGAUAGAUUUAUUAGUCUCCUAGUCUCCAAGUAUCCAUUAGUUCAUGAUACUGAUAUCCUGAAUAGGUGUGUUGUUUUCCAAGUAUCUAUUAGUUCAUUAUACAAGUAUCCUGGAUAGAUAUAUUGUUCCCCAAAGAUCUCCAAAUAUCUAUUAGGUCACUAUACAAAUAUCCUGGACGGAGUCAGAAGUUAAUAGAGUUUGACCUCACUAGAAAGGUUUAGUUCCAAGGAGGCCUUAGCUUUCCUAAUUGCCUCCCUACAUCCUCUGACAACAGUCCUAUGUUCCUCCCAAGUGGCCAGCCUCUCUGUCACCGUUUGACUCAGGUUCAACAACAAUGCUCUCGAUCCCUUCUCCCUCCCCCCCAGGUAGGGAAGGAGAGAAAGAAAGAGACGUGGCUGGAUAACAAACUAAACUACACAGCUUUAAUUAAACACUAAUGAUAUAAGAAAAUAUAUACAAUUAUAUACAAAUAUGUUCAGGUAUGUGCAAAAGCCUCUCACCUCCCCCCACCCCCAGCAACUCCCACAGCACUCUCCUUAGCUGCAAACUGUCCCAAAAAAUCCCGGACUACUGCCAGAGUAAGCGGAGAGUGAUGAGGGUCAGGAGAGCUUGAGCCUAGAGGCCGACGGUGAUGGAUGGACAGUCCUCCUUGGAUGCUGACAACAGAUGGAAUAGAAGGGAAGAAGAAGCAGGAAGGAAGUUGUCUUCUGUGAUCUCUGACCUUCCUCUGAGCUUACGUAAAUAUAUGGAAUGGAAUAUCUCUGGCCAACUUUGUUGUCUAAUUCAGCCUCCUACGGGGGGGUCACAGAUCUCCCGGUAGUGUCUGAGCCGGCAGAGUAAAGAUGCGACCUUGAAGAACCACCAGUUACAAAAACAUUCCAUUCUUAUCAGCCUUAAUUGGAAUGCUCUGUGACUAGUUAAAAGGAAGCUUACUGAAGGAAAAAAAAAGUCAGUAAAAGGAAAAAUGGCUUCAUCCUGGCUCAAACCAGGACAUUCCACCCCUUAGUCCAUGCCAUAUAUUACAUAUAGGCUGUGUACUUUACCAACUGUCAAAUUAAGGAUUCUCCCCCAGAGUCAGAUUGUUUUGAGGUACACGUUGUACUUCAGUAUCCUCCAUCAUCAUACACCAGGUAUGUCCAGGUUGCUGAGCAAAAGCAAGCCCCCGGACUGGUUUACAUUUGCCUGAAGCAGGAUAAACCCAAACAAUUUUACCCAGCAGGUUUCUUUCACAUAUGUGGCUUUCAGGAUGUAUAGUGCUUGUCUCGAACAAUCCAAGAGAUAAGUGAUGGACUUUGGCACUCAGGAUAUCUGUUGUCUGUCUUGUGGCAUCUGAUAGUUAAACAACAUUUGCUGAUGGACUAAAGAGAUGUCUCAGCAACCCACCCAACCGUUUUGCUUCCCCUCCUGCAACGAGUACCUGAGAACUGGGGAGUUUAGUGUGGGACAUGCUGAGAUCGGAGACAAAGGAGUUCUACAGCUGGCACUGGGAGCAGAAUAUCCAGUGAUAACCAGGCCUUGAUAUGAAAACCACCGACUUAGCAGGACAAGACAAAGAGUGCCAGUCUCAAGCCACUUCCUAGGACGGAAACUCCACUGCAACAAACUAAUCCUGUGGUGCCAGUUGUCUCAACCUCCUCUUUUGUAAUGGCUGAUCUCAUCAAUUAGCCAAACAAAGACUACAUAGGCCCUGGCAUCAUACCUGCCCCCUGCUGUCUCAGAGGAGCAAGGAGAAGAUAGAAGGAUUUUCUCCCUUAUUCAGGGAGAAAAGUGGGGGUGCAGUGGGCAAGAACUGUAUAAAAAUCUGAGACACUAUGGGUGCAUUGGAAGCACUUCCCCACCAGGAACCACUUCCCCACCGACGACAUCGCUGGACCGUGGUGGUAACUAUUCUCUCGCUUUGCUGUCCUCUGUAUUUCUGCUUUCUCCUUUCUUUUCUGUCUCUGUUUUCCUCCCUGUCCUAUCCGCUCUAGGGACUUUGUUGUGUUCCUCUAAUAAAAGUUUGUUGUGCGCGUGACAUCUGACCUCGUUUGCGUCUUAAUUUCACCAUUUGGGAUCACCUUUAAACUUCUUCUCAGGUCCUGACGAGCAACAAAGGGUGCAGCUGCCGUGCGGCUUAUACCAGGAGAGGGAAAGCAAAAUCCAGCCGCACCUAGCCUCCCACUGCGGAGUGUUAGAAAGCAAGGGGGUUCUGCCCGAUCUCUCGUAAGACCGCACGCCAGCCCCGGUGCCUCUUUGUGCACCCGAUGUUGUGUUAUCUUUGUUUUGUCCUGGCAAGAUCAUAAAAAAUUGCGACGUAUCCGAAUACCGGAUCGUGACAUUAAUUGGCGUCAUGGACAGGAUCCCAAUGGUGAAAGUGUCACAAGUUUUUGUAUGUUAGGUGUUGCCUCAGUGUCCGUAGGGAACGAGCCUACGGGGGGCUUUUGUGGUUGACCUCUUAGGAUUCAGAACUGUAGCUUUCUCUUGCUCGGAGAGGAGAGAAGCUAGGGGCCCCCGUUCCUUGUGGUUGGAGGUUUUUCGGCGGAACGGUGGGUCGGCGUCUCCGCCUCUUGGAGAGGUGCCUUAGGGUCGUUGGAGACGAUUACCUAUUCGCCUAGCAAGCGGAUAGGCUUGGGGGAUAGGACUAUUUCCUAUCUCUUUUAUAUUUUUGUUGUUGUUGUUUUUGGAGUUCUGAUCCGCUGAUAAGAGGGCUGGGUUCUUAAUUGUGAAUUAAGAAGUUAAGCGUGUGUAUCCUCUCAGGGAGUGUUGUCGGUGGCCGUGGUGAAAUCUAAGUUCUUGCCCUUCCUGAGAUGUUUGGCCCUGAUUUUGUGAGUUAAGUAAUAAUGGAAAAGGAAAUUCAUACGGGGGAAUCCUCCCCUGCUGUUGAUCCCGAGACAUUGUUUAAGAUUUUGGAAACUUGUAAUGCCCGUCCGUCAGUCUCGGGACAGGACUGGGCUAAAGAAAAUUGGUACAAUUUGCAGAGUGUGGCAGAUCGUAUCUCUGCAUUACAAAAGGAGGCCAAGUGGCGAUUCAGGAAAGGCAAAGGCAUCGUGUGUGCGGUACUAGGAGUUUGCCUGGUGUCGGCGGCGCAGCACCGAGCUGACUGCCAGACCCAGAAAGGAAAGGUUAUCGCAUCUCUGCAAACAUUAGUCGAGUCGUUACAGGACCAAAUUGCUGGCCUUAAAAGAGAGAAUGUUGAGCUCCGGGAGGAAUUAGAGAGUGAAAAGGCUCACUCGGAUUCUUUGAAGUACACUCUGUGGGAAUUGCGUACGGCUCGGUGUGAGCAAGGGGCAGAAGUGCGGAUGAAUUAAUUGGAAGAAAAGGGUGACUAUUUAGAGAACAUAGCGGGCUAUGUUCCUUUUCCGAGUUAAGUAAAGGUGGCUCGUCCACCCUCGUCAAGUCCAAUGUGAUGCGUCAUGUUUGAGGUAAUCAUUACGAGAUCCCAGUUUUUUGUCCCACCCCUAUCCUGCAACAUUUAAUAAAACAAACAGUGAAACCCGCACGCUUACAGUCGAAUCCGACGCUAACACUACACACGUGCCUGUGAUGCAAACAUAUGAAUAAUUUCAACAGAAGAAAACAGUGCCCAAUUAACCAUUUUUCUCGCAAGUUUCUGCUGGUGAGAUUUGGAUAAACCAAUCUCUGUCAAUAAAUCAUGAUUUUCGGAGUACCACUUACCCCGAGCUCCGAUGGGAAAACCUACAAAUUUUACAUGGGUGGCAUUGGUCAGUUCCUGCACCUGCUGCGUGAGAUGUUUGUACUUUUGGACCUUCCCAGCGGCGGCCUCCGACAAGGAAGAAGGGUUACUUUCAUACCGAAUUGUCACAUCAACAACCAAUGCCUGUUUGUCCUUCACAAAUAUCAUAUCUGGUUUGAAUAAAUUAUUCUUGUCCCUUAAAUUUGGUUCUUGGAACACUACCCAAUCCUUAUGUUUGGCUUCUUCAAUUAAUAAAUUACAAAUAUUGUUAUGCCUUUUGAUUCUGGCCUCUUGCACUUUGGGACAGUAGCCAAUUAUGUGGGCGCAUGAUUCAACAUCAGCUUGGCAGUGUCUGCAUGAUGCAUCCUGGCUGUCAUGCCUGCCUCUGGCAAGGAAUUCUCUAUUGCAAUACACAUUAGCCCUCAAUUGUAGAGCCGUCAGGAGUUUCCUGUGAGGAAUGCCUCUGUAGUGGGUUAGCCAAUCAUUACUGAUUUUAUCAUUUUCAAAGUUAGAAAUACCUUUACCCUGGGAUGCCAAUUUAGUCCAAUUGUUAAAUUCAUCUUUUCUCCAAUUGCACGGUUUGGGGUAGAUGUUUUUAGGAGCAGGUGCCUCCCAUUCUGAUGUUAUCUCCUCACCGCCCACUUCAUUAGGUAGUCUAAACACGGUUCUCGGGUCCCAAAUUGAUGGAAUUUUAUCUUUCCUUCCUCCUGCUUUUACCCAUAAUUUUUCAUAUUCUUUUUCAAUACCCUCUAACCGCACAAUAGUUGUUAUCACCUCGUCCGGAGACUGUGCCAGCCGGUGCAGCCUCCGAGCUUGUACGCUUGGGAUCAAUUUUGAGAACCUAAGGAGACCAAAACCACCAUCCCUGUUGCUGGCAUAUAGGAUGGCGUCGCAAGUGGAUGGAGGUAAAUGCAGCCAUUGCUUAACUGCAGAUCUUAUUUCUUGAUCAAGCAUUUCCAAAUGAGUGAUCUUAACGUUAGCUUGAUCGGCAGAGUAUAUUAGCCGGGGCAUGGCAUAAGUUCUCGGGAUCUCAACCUUUUGAAAAGGUUUGAGUGGAGCUCUGUCAAUUCGAUGUAACCAAUUUUUAACUUUUGAUAGCAAUUCGGGUUUGGAUAUUCCCACCCAUGGGUCGAUGUUCAUUCCCAAAUAUUUUUCCGAGCUUCCAGGAUCGAUCAUAUUCAGGGGGGUACCAUUAAUUGGCCACGCCGGGCAGUCAUUGAUCUUAUAAGAGUCUUUAGUCGGCUGGAUGUAAAAGCCGUGGCACUUCUCCCCCUGUGUCUUGAGACCGGUAAGAUUACAAAAGGUCUCGACGAUCUCUAUAUUUUUCAUCAUGCCCUCCCAGGAGUUACUCAGUAACACCAAAUCGUCAGCAAAGGCCAGUGCUGUGAUGUUUUGAGAGUGGAUCUGGAACCCCUCCCCACACUCUUGUAAUUUACACAGUAGUGGGUCUAUAGCCAGAUUGAAUAGCAGUGGAGACAUGGGAUCACCUUGCUUGACUCCUAUUUGGAUUUUAAUGGAGUCGGAGUGCCCAUCCUUUAAAGGAAUGUUAGUGGUGACGUUGUGGUACAUAUUCUUAAUCAGGGCGAUAAUGUGCUGGUCGACGCCCCUUUGUUCAAGAGCCGAGAUAAUGUGGGCAUGGCUCACCGUGUCAAAUGCUUUAGCUAAGUCUACAAACACCACACCCAGGGACUGGUGCUGGCUUUUUGCAUGCCGAAUUAUCAAUUGUAGCAAUUUCAAAUUUUCACUGCACCCUGCAGAUCUAAUAAAGCCCCUUUGCCGGGGAUUAAUGGGGCAGGCUUUAGCCAAUCUAGAUGUUAUAAUUCUGGAAAACAGCCGUAAAAUGAUGGAACCAAUAGUGAUCGGACGCCAGUUACUGAUGUCACCCAGGCGUUCCGGUAUAGCAGAUUUUGCAAUUAAAACCGUCCGACAGUUUUUAACAGAGUCGGGUAUCAUGCCAGUUAGCAACCACAAGUUAAAUAGUUCCCUGAGGUGGUUGCAGUGGGGGUCAAUUUUAGUCAAUUCUCUCAGAGUUAUUUUAUCUGGACCGGGCGCAGCAGUUUUACUUAUCUCUUUGAUGUUCUUGGAGAUUUCUUUAGCAGAAAUCACGAUGUUGAACGCCGAGUUGUCCGCCCGCUCGAAGGCUUUGAAGGAUCCUAGGCCAUUGUACGCUCCCGUGGAUUCCCAUCUCGACUUGAACACCCUGUGCACUUCGUCAGGAGGGAUAUCACACGUCAGGGACUCCACAUCGUCCAGGAUGAUAUUGGCAAGCUUCCCCCUGUCCAGGAGUUCCAGUUCCUCCUCUGACCAGCAUUGUUUAUGCUUCCCCCUUGCAGUGGUCUCUUUGGGGCGAGAGGCAAGAAUACGCUCAAGAUUUCUAAGAGCAGGAUGGGCAAGCCGUUUAUGUUGCCCCAAACCAAUAUUAGUUUCAAAUGUUUUAUGACAUUCCUCACAUUCAAAGCCCCCAACGGUGGCAGGCUCAAUACUAUCUGUACAUUUUGGAAUAUGGCACGCAAUACUGUGAUGUUUUUCAUUCGUUUUACCGCAUCGGGCGCAUUGGAAUAAAAGCUUUC